AUGCAUGCUCUUGCUGUCAACUCGGUUGCGACUCUGCUCAAUUAUUUGGAAGAACAACUUCAGUAUCUGAAAGAUUCUUCAAGCCCCAGUGCUGAUGAGAGUGUAAGUACCUGAGUUGUGUCUACAGUAAGUAUCAGUGCUUGUUCAAGUUCUCUCGAGCUUUCUCACUGCUCAACCUUCUGCACAACAAUAUUUUUUUAUAUAAAACUCAACAAAUAAUGGAUUGUAAAAUGGGACCAAUAUUAUUAUAGUAUAUGAGUAUAUAUAAGGGAAUCUUGCAAUGUAAUGUUGUGUGGUAAAUAAAUUGAUUGAUUGAUUGAUUGAUUGAUUGAUUGAUUGAUUGAUUGACAGUAGUUUAUACCAUUGGACAUACUAGAGAUAGUUAUUACUUAUCAGAGUGAGAAAAUAGUAUUAAUACUUUUCAUUAUUUGCCAUAGUCUUGUAUUUGGAAGCAACCAUCCUUAUUUCGCAGUCACAAUUUCUCGCGAAGAAUUUCGCCGUCCUGGAAUCAGGCCUUUGCACAUUAAAUGAUACAGCAUAGCACUGUUUUUGAUGUUCUCUAAACUGAUUGUGUACGUCAUGUUAUUUGCAAUAUAGACUCAAGACGAGGCUGCAGUGGAAAUGAAUCCUUUGUUUAUCACUGAGUUGCUUGUGGAGCCUCGUUCACUGUUCUUCAGUCCCGACCUAGAGGACUUUCAGGAGGGCGUACAUGAAGUAAUCAGUCAUUUUCAAGAAGCUGUGCUCAGUGUUCAUAACCUGGUACCAGAUAUUUACUUCCAGGCGUUCACCAGGUGAGAUUAUUCAUUAGUAUUUAUUAAGUUGGGCAUAGUAGCCUGCUUGCAGCCUCAACCCGAAUGUAUUAAAUAAAAAUUCGGGUUGAGGUUGCAUGCAGGCUAAUGGCAUAGUGAUUAGUGCGUGUUUUUCAUCUUUGUGAUCCAGUUUUCUUUUGUACUAACAGUGGAUCAAUAAGGAAUUGCCCUUACCCUCUAGGAAGAACGGUUUAGAACUGAUAGAGAUGUCAAGUAUGAAUGAAGUUAGUUAGGUUUCCUCCUGCACUAACACUGGAUCAAUAAGAGAUAUAACUCUUACUGGACCUCUACGGAGAACAGUUCAGAACUGAAAAAGCUAUCCAGUAUAAAUAAAGUUAGUUUAGUAAACUAAACCUGUAGUAACACUGGAUCAAUAAGAGAUAACUCUUACUGGACCUCUACGGAGAACAGUUCAGAACUGAAAAAGCUAUCCAGUAUAAAUAAAGUUAGUUUAGUAAACUAAACCUGUAGUAACACUGGAUCAAUAAGAGAUGAUCUUUACUGGACAGUGAGAAUAUUUAGAACUGAUAGAUGUUCCUAGUAUAUAGUUAGGAUAACUGUGUUGUCUAUUUCUGCAGUCCUAUUAUUAAUGGUAAAGUUGAAGACAGAAACGUGGGCGAAGGACCGAGCCUGACAAUGAUGUUUGAAGAUGAUAAACAUUUGCAACAUCUCAAUGAGAAGUUGAAGGUACAUGCAUGAUAUUCUGUUGUUACCCUAUAUGUUAUCCCUAUGUUGUGUUUACCCUUGUGUCCUGUCCCUCUCUAAUGGAGUUAGACGUAACGUAGGAAAUAGGUGCACUUGAAACAACCGUAUCGAAUUGAUGGAUUUCACUAAACACUAUCAUACAUGAGACAGUGGUCAACCAGUCUUGUAGUUAUCAGAAUGAAAACAUGAUGUUAACUUUUUUUCAUUAUAUAUAGUAGUCUUUGUUUACGAAGUUCUAGGGUUGACCACUAACUACUGACAUGUAGCACUAUUAUUGAUUCACCACCGAUAGUAAAGCUAGCGUCUAAAAAUCCUAAAGUAUGUUCUCCUUAACGUAUAUAGGAAGCUGUAACGUCCGCCUUCGACUCCGCCACAAGGUUUGGGAACACUCUAGAACCAUACAGACAAUUUUACCAAGAGAACGAGAGUUUGGAUUUGGAGGAAAUGAAGACUCAGGAACAUGGUAUUCCACUGUCAUCUAAUGUCACAAUUGACAAACUUAAUUUUCUUCUAAUGUCAAUUUUGUCAUCUAAUGUCACAAUUGAUAAACUUAAUUUUCUUCUAAUGUCAAUUUUGUUAUCUAAUGUCAAUAUUGACAAACUUAACUUUCUUCUAAUGUCAAUUUUGUCAUCUAAUGUCAAUAUUGACAAACUUAACUUUCUUCUAAUGUCAAUUUUGGAUUUGAGGAAAUGAAGAGUCUGGAACACCAUAUUCCACACUUGCAACUUUUCUUUCAAACUGUUCUAUUUGUCAAUAAUGUUUAUGUUUUCUAGAUGUUCCAUUUUUUUCCUCAUCAUUGGAGAAAUACACGACAGAACGUAUGUUGGUGGAGAAAGUGCCGGAUAAAAAACCCAUUGGAAUGUUGUAUCUGGAUUGCACUAAACUGAAGCAAGUUCUCAUGCCCUCGCCACUGAAAUGUCUUGAUGUGAGUUAAUGUACAUAAAGCUUGCCACCUUGUAUACCGAAUUACUCUUUAGUUCUAAAAUCAUGUUUUCUCUUGAGGUCCAGUAAGGAUCAUCCGUUAUUUGCCCAGUAUUGCUGCAAGAUGAAACUUUACUUAUAGUGGAUAGUUCUAUCAGUUCUAAACUGUUCUCCUUAGAGUUCCAGUAAGGAUGCCUUGUUGAUUCAGUGUUACUACACGAGAAAACCUAAACUAAACUAACUUUACUUAUACUGGGUAGUUCUAUCAGUUCUAAACUGUUCUCUGUAAAGUUCCAGUAAGGAUGCCCUGUUGAUCCAGUGUUAAUACAGGAGGAAACCUGAACUAACUUUACUUACACUGGAUAGUUCUAUCAGUUUUAAACUGUUCUCCCUAUAGUUCCAGUAAGGAUUCCUUGUUGAUUCAGUGUUACUACAGGAGGAAACCUAAACUAACUUAACUUAUACUGGAUAGUUCUAUCAGUUUUGAACUGUUUUCUCUAGAGUUCCAGAAAGGAUGCCUUGUUGGGACCAUAACAAUAUUUCAUUUCGUUGUGUAGGUUAUUCACGAGAUCUUGCCGCAACUCGCAAAGAAGCGAGUGGAUCGUUUGAUGGAAUUCUGUCAAGACUCUCAGUUUAAAUUAGAGAUCGUUCCCACUGCAACCGAGGAAUUCGUCGAUAGUCUCACGUUCUUGGACGAGAUACAAGAACAGGUAGGUUCAUCAAAGUUUUGUGAGAUCGAAGAAGAGACAGGGGACUGUCUGUAUCACAAUUUUCAGGUGGAUUUUACACGUUGCAUAACUGUAAAACUCUUUCAAAGCCAGCGUGCAUUUACUUUGAAUAUAGAUUGAAGAUUUGGAGUCAGAUUGCACGACUGCGAAAGAACUUUAUAAUUUGAUUGAAAACUACACCGUGCCAACACCACCUGAAGAUUUGGCCGUUUAUCAGGUGUGUAUAUAAUAAAUUUAUCUUUUAUAUUUAUCUUUUAAAUUUAUCUUUUACACUGCUAUCUAAUGAAAUAAUUUAUUUCUUGUCUGUAGACUCUGAACAAUGCCGUGUCGAUGGUUCGUAGUGCUAUAGACAAAGCGCUGGCUGACAGAGAUCAAAAUCUCGACAAGUUUUGUACGCGCUUGGAUAAAGAUAUUGCGUUGCUUGGAAAGGAAGUAAAGUCGGUCAAACAACAAGCACAGGUAUAGAUGUUAUCUUCUCAUUUUAACCUUAGUUUAUCAAAGUUUUUUUCCUGGACAUUUGAAUAUUAUCAUGAUAUUUAUUAUUAUUAGCCAUGCGUGCUAUUGAUAACCCUGUUUCUGUUGUAAUAUUACUGAAUUUGUGAUUUGCAGACUAUUCUUCAUUUAAAUUUAUUUGUGUUCAGAAUCCAAUAAUCCUUGAUCCUUCCUCCGAAUCCGAGAAAGUCGUUGGUUUUCUGGGUGAAUUGCAAGAAAAAAUGGAUGAAUUGCAAAAGAGAGCUUUCAUGUACAAAUCAUACCAGAAAAACUUCAAGGUACGUCGGUUGAAAGAUUGACAAGCAUACCGCUAUAAUCUGUGCAACUUCUGUUCUAUAAGACUUCUACAAAUUUAUGUAUUUUCUAACUGCUAGCACCAAAAUAUUUGUCUGUAGGUUGAGGUGACGAAGUUUGAAGAGCUGGAAGAAACACACGCAGAAUUAAAACUAAAACAAACACUUUGGGAUUCAAGCGUUGAAUGGGAAGUUAAUCAUGAGGACUGGAUGAAUGUAAGAUAAUAUCACUGUAAUAAUCUGGUAUAAUUGCCACAUUGUGUCAUCUCCUGCUUGUCUUUGUGUUGUCCAGUUUCUACUGUAGUUUGGGCUUUGUGCAGGUUUCCUAUAUGUAAAAAUGCUGGGUUACAUAUUUGGGGAUGUUAAAGGUGGAUCUUUUUUUCAGGCAAUUUUUGAAAACAUAGAUCCUGAAUCUCUGACCAACCAAGUGAUGAAAUAUCAUAAAGUUGUUCUGCAGCUUGAGAAAGGCUUGCCACCCAAUGCUGUUGUACCGCAACUUCGUGGAAAAGUUGAUAAAAUGAGACACAAGGUAAGAUUUCAUCAUUACUAAGCAAAUGCAUUUAUACUAGAUGGUUCUAUCAGUUCUAAAAUGUUCUCCUUAGUCCUUAAUGGUUCAGCGUGGGUCAUCUCUAUUGAUUCACUGUACUACCGAAGGGAACCUAAACUAAACUAAACUACAGAAUACCACAAACCCGACUUAUUUGCCAUGGAUUCAUAAACUUUAAAUUAUAUUUCUUCUUGCUCAGCUUCCAGUGAUCUCAGACCUCCGCAACCCCGCGUUAAAACAACGUCAUUGGGACACGAUCCAGCAAGUGUUAGAGCACACGUUCAGUGAUGAGGAACCACUGACACUAGGAUUGUUGGAAAAUAUUGAUGCUUUUGAUCACAGCGAGUCUAUACAAGAAAUAUCUGGUCAAGCAUCAAGCGAGGCUUCAUUGGAAACACUCCUGAAGAAGGUAACCUGCUGAAAACUUACUAUAUGUUUACUGAAUAGUUGUUCUAAACAGAUAGCCCUAGAGGUCCAGUAAGGAUUAUCUCUUAUUGAUCUGGUGGUGCUACAGGAGGAAACCUAAACUAAACUAACUUUAUUUAUACUGGAUAGCUCCUUCAGUUCUAAACGGUUCUUCCUAGAGGUCCAGUAAAGGUCAUCUCUUAUUGAUCUAGUGUUACUACAGGAGGAAACCUAAACUAAACUAACUUUAUUUAUACUGGAUAGCUCUAUCAAUUCUAAACUGUUCUCCCUAGAGGUCCUGUAAGGAUCAUCUCUUAUUGAUCCAGUGUUACUACAGGAGGAAACCUAAACUAAACUAAUUUUAUUUAAUAAAAUUAUACUGGAUAGCUCUAGCAGUUUUAAACUGUUCUUCCUAGAGGUCCAGUAAGGAUCAUCUCUUAUUGAUCCAGUGUUAGUACAGGAGGAAACCUAAACUAAACUAACUCCCAGGGCGAACGAGGUUGGGCAACAUAGCAUCACAAAUGUUCUCUGUUCAUUUGCAAGGUUGAAGACGGCUGGAAAACAACAGAGUUUGUUGUCCUCCCUCAUCGUGAUUCUAAAGACGUUUUCAUUCUUGGUGGUAUUGAUGAUAUUCAAGUUCAACUGGACGACAGCCAGGUCAGAGAUUAUUUUGGAUUGCUACCAUUCUCAAGGAAAAACAGGACUUUUCUAUGCUUACUUGUGAAAUGGUUUUGUAAAUUAAUAUCAUUUUUGCAUGUUACCGCAGGUCAACAUAUCAACGAUUGCGGGCUCACGCCAUGUUGGUCCAAUCAAGCCACGUGUGGAGGAAUGGGUUCGACAGUUGUCGUUAUUCAGUGAAACACUGGUAAGUCGAUUGCGAUCACUGAUAUGUUGCUUCACCCCCCCCCCCCCCCCCCCCCGCCAAAUUAUCGCGCUAGGAACGGCCCUGGAUUUUUGUCCUAAAAACAUGUAAUCCAUUCAUUGUGUUUUCCCUUUAGCGUCCUCAGCCAGUAAAGUUGUUGAGACAAAGACCAAUGAUAUUAUAGCUAUGGUCUCUCCUGAGAAGGAAAAAGUCCCACUUGGAAAAGUAAGGCUUGCGUUUUAAACCCACAGAUCUACGUUGAUGUCAGCCUAGAUCUAGGCCUUCUAUUUUUAUUCUUAUUUUUAAUACUCGGCGCUUUUUCACAUGAGAAGACUGGGAGGCAGUACUUUCCAAAUGCUAGCCCGAGGCGAGAUUGACCAAACCUGCCAAAACCGGCCGAGUAAAGGCCUAGGUCUAGACUGCGUUGAUGUUAUGUCUAAACUCUGACCUUCAUUUAAACAAGCUGUAGAAAGCUCAUCCAUGUUAAUUCCUUCAGGACUGAAAAUCUUCAUUGUCUUUUCAUUGUUUGAAAAUCCACUGUUCUUCAUGGCAUCCAUGAAAGUCCGCAUUUCAGGUGCACUUUCGCAUUUUAAGGAGACGACAAUAAAAAAUAUUUCGCUUUGCUUUCUCGGGGGAGGAGAGGUCCAGAACAUAGGGCUGCAAGAGAAUCACACUCAGUGAAUGAUAAAGUGGUUUUGUUUUCUUAGGUUGUGUUGACAGUUUCUCAAACAAUGUGGUGUCGGGAUCUCACGAAAUGUCUCACAUCUGAUGGAGACAGACAGGAAGAAUUGAAAGGAGCCGAGCAAACAUCAUUUCAGGUUAAUCUCAUCAAACUUGUCAAUGUUCUCUUUACAAUUCCUACAUGAUCUAUAACCAAGCACAAUAUUGUUUUAGAACCUGAACAAACUAGCGGCCCUGGUACGUGGUGAACUGCCUAAAAUCACGCGAAGUAUACUGUGUGCAUUGAUCACAAUUGAUGUUCAUGCUCGAGACAUUGUGACUGGUCUUGUUGAAGCUCAGGUAAACACGUUAUACCCUAGUCUAACCAUGCAUCUAACGUAGUAACGUAUUUAUAUCAUACUGGAUUCUUUAACAGUUCAGUUCAGUUCAGUGUUACUACAGGAGGAAAUACCCAGAGAAAACUUGCGCUGUUUGGUAAGCUCAAAUUAGAAGCACUCUUCUCGCAUGCGUCUGGAGUGAAAUUACAAUCGAGUAACCGUGUGCCACCGAUACCUCAUUCGUUGACCGACCAUUUCCACUCAUGAAAAUUUUCCGCAGAAAGAAUAUUUUGUAUAAUAUGUGAUUAUUGGCCGACACAAAUUUUCCGUCGGAAAAAAUUUUGAAGUUGAAAAAAAAGUUUGAAGUUAAAAAAAUGUUGAAGUUAAAAAUGUUCAACUUUUAACGAUGAUAUUUUCGGAAAAUUUUCUGUCCGUGAAAAUUUUUCUUGAGUGAAAAUGGGUCUUAAGACCUAUCAUAUUUGUCUUGUGUAGAUUGACAGCGUGGAAAGUUUUGAAUGGGUGAAACAGUUACGUUAUUAUUGGGAUCAAGAUCUUGACAACUGUGUGGUUCAGAUGUCUAAUUCACAAUAUACGUACGGAUACGAAUAUCUUGGUGCUUCAGCCAGACUGGUUAUCACACCUUUAACUGUAAGUAGUUGAUAUCAAUGUACAAUUUCUAUGCGGUUUUUUUAUUCAAUGCAUCCUUUGAUAUUGACUUGACGUUCAUAUAUGGACACUAUCCCGUGACUGUCCUUGCCAUUGAGAAUUGGCUUUACAUUUGGUAUCUACAUGAGAAUUGGCUUUACAUAUUAAUUUAUUAUACAGUCUUAUGUUGAUCUAUGUUACUUUUAACGUUUUGUUUUAUUGCUUAUUUUUUUCAAAUGUAUUUGUACAUAUUCAUAAAUACUAAUCAAUAAAGUUGUUGAAUUUUGCUGUCAACAACUUGUACUAACAAAAUAAACAACUUCAGGAUCGAUGCUAUCUCUGUCUCAUGGGAGCCUUGCAGUUGGAUUUGGCCGAAAAUGGUAGCAAUUUCCGCACGCAAUACAAAAGUAUACAAAAGUUGCAAACUUUGCAAGGCUAUAUUUUCAGCAUUUUACAACAUUUCGCAACCAAACUUUGAAAAUUUACUAAUUUUAGUAUGCUCUUUCUAUCUGUGGUGAUUUAUUUGCAUCUCCUUGCCUAGUUUUAAAAUUAGUCUAUAACAUUGAACUAUAAAUAAACUGGAAGGCUAACUGCUAUGAUGAAGGCCUAUGAUUUGAUGAAGCCAAAAUAGUUUUUCUGAGUUAUGAGCAGAAAUACUUGACCCCAAACGUCGGGCUAUAUAUCAAAUUGAAGCUAUUGAAAAUUGCUAUUCGGUGUGAAAAUUUCAAGACUUCAGCGAAAAGAAAAAUAUUUAAAAAAUACAAAAACAACUGCAAAACGGCAAAUUAUCGAUAAUUAUGUUUGUAGUUUUUCAAUAUUUCCCUUUUAGCUACAGUCUUGAAAUUUCUACACCAAAUAGCGUUUUUCAAUAGCUUCAAUUUGAUAUAUAGCCCAACGUUCAGUGUUGAGUAUUUCUGCUCAUAACUCAGAAAAACUAAAAUGCAUUGGCUUCAAUUUCCCCCCCUGAGUUAGCCUUCCAGUUUAUUUAUAGUUCAAUGAUCUAUAAUGGGAAUUGUCUAUUGAUUUAUUGAACAAGCUUUCUUUGGUAGGGUUGUAACUACCUGGAAAAUAUAAGGAGAAUUUCGAGAGAGAGAAGAAUUUCGAGAGAAUUUCGAGAAAUAUAAGCGAAGGCCCUUCGUCUGGAGUUAUUUCUUCGUCUUGGUUUAUUGACUAACAUACUGUACUGUAGCGUAAAAUACAUGCAUGUAUUUGCAUUCUGAUUAUGCUAUCAUUUCUUAUAGAUGAUGGGCAGAUUUUUCUCUGGUCUCGCUCAAUCUGGGGCAUGGUGUUGUUUUGAUGAGUUCAAUCGUAUUGAUAUCGAAGUUCUGUCUGUUAUUGCUCAACAACUCUUGACCAUCAGGAAUGCAAAACUUGCCAGGGUAAGUCUGCGGUAUUGUAUGUUGAACUCCAAGGGCGGAUUUUCAUUUAUUUAAAAGGAGGGGUAGAAACAUUUCUGGUGGGGUGCAAGUGACACCACAGAGCUUCGGCAGGGGUUAGGUGUUUGGGUUAAAGACUUUCACACAAAAUAGGAGGGGUGAAGCGAAAUUUUGGUGGGUUGAACACUUUAUCAGAGGGGUUAGAGAGAUUCUGGGAGGGGUUUAGCCCCCUCCCCCCCCUAACCCAUGUUAAACUUAACUAACUUUUUGAUAUUGCUAUAAUACCUAUAUUAGUUUUAAACUGUUUUGCCUAGAGGUCCAGUAAGAGCCACGCCCUAUUUGUCAAAUGUUACCACAGGGGUAAUUGUGGAUAAACUGGAGCACCUGGAGAAAACCUGUAGUGUUUGAUAGAGUCAAACUCGAAGCACUCUUUUCACAUGUGAUCGAGGUGAAAUUGUAAUCAGACAACUGCAUAUUGAAAGAACGGAAUUCCCCUCACAGAGUGGAAAGACACAUGACCACCGCGCCACCAACAUAUUUUUGUCCAAAUGCUGUAUCAACGAGUCUUACGCCUGUAUUCUAAAAGCUCACUCACACUCAAUGAGUGGAGGUUCAAUCUGAGCUUCUCUCGAGUAUCAGUGCUGUUUUUGAAUAGCUGGAGGGUUAGUGUCAUAUACCUUACUAUGUGACUACUCACCCUCCAGCUAUUCAAAAGCAGCAUUGACACUCAAGAAAAGCUCAGAUUGAACCUCCACUCAUUGAGUGUGAGUGAGCUUUUAGAAUACGGGCGUUAAAGGCCUUCUUGGAAAAUCAUGUGCUGCUUUCAUCACCAUGAACCCUGGCUAUGCAGGAAGAACAGAGUUGCCUGACAACUUGAAAGCUUUGUUUAGACCUAUGGCUAUGAUGGUCCCUGAUUAUGGUUAGUUUAAAUUGUCAGUUGUAGAAUGUCUUACUAAAUACUGCAUACUCUCAUGCUUCGGUCAAACGAGAACAAGAGUUGCAUGAGAGUUUACAUGAGAGUUUUCUCAACUCUCGUGGCCCCUGUCAAAACGAGAACAAGAGUUGCAUGAGAGUUGAGAAGCGAGAGUUUACAUGAGAGUUUUCGCAACUCUCGUGGCCCCUGUCAAAACGAGAACAAGAGUUGCAUGAGAGUUGAUGAGAGUUGAGAAGCGAGAGUUUACAUGAGAGUUUUCUCAACUCUCGUGUCCCGGUCAAAACAAAAACAAGAGUUGCAUGAGAGUUGAUGAGAGCUGAGAAGCGAGAGUUUGUAUAUGAGAGUUUUCUCAACUCUCAUUCCCCGGUCAAAACGAAAACAAGAGUUGCAUGAGAGUUGAUGAGAGUUGAGAAGCGAGAGUUUGUAUGAGAGUUUUCUUAACUCUCAUGCUCCGGUCAAAACGAGAACAAGAGUUGCAUGAGAAUUGAUGAGAGUUGAGAAGCGAGAGUUUGCAUGAGAGUUUUCUUAACUCUCAUGCUCCGGUCAAAACGAGAACAAGAGUUGCAUGAGAGUUGAUGAGAGUUGAGAAGCGAGAGUUUGUAUGAGAGUUUUCUCAACUCUCGUGCCCCGGUCAAACGAGAACAAGAGUUGCAUGAGAGUUGAUGAAAGUUAACUGGAUAUUACCACACGCGUAGCGAAAACUCUUAUGAACUCUCAUCAAAAUUCUGUGUCCAUACGUUCAAUUCAACUACCUUGAGUGCAGUACUUUGCUGUUCUAAUCUUAAUUCCUUUAUCCGUAGCUCUUAUUGCUGAAGUGAUUCUCUACUCGGAGGGAUUUGAAUCCUCGAAGAACUUGGCUCGUAAAAUGGUUCAAAUGUACCGCCUGUGCAGUGAACAAUUGUCCCAACAAGAUCAUUAUGAUUUUGGAAUGAGAGCCGUGAAGUCUGUGUUGGUGAUGGCAGGUGCUUUAAAGCGAGGCAAUCCAAAUCUCAGUGAAGAUGUUGUUCUCAUCAGAGCUCUACGGGAUAGUAAUCUACCCAAAUUCUUAGCCGAUGAUGCCGUGUUAUUCAGGGUGAGUUUAGCCUUAAAUCAACUCUCAUUACCGCUAACUAACCAUCGCUAAUACUAUAGAUAACCCUCAUCAACACUAACUACCUUGCAGCACUAAUUUCCCCUUAUUAACAUUGACUAUCUCUCAUAAUAAUCGAUUAUCCUUGAUCAAUCUUAAUUCCUCUUAUCAACACUAAUUCACCCUAAUCAACAUUAAGACCGGGCACUAUUAAUUUCCCAUUAAUGUUUUCCAUCAGUCAUCAACACAAAUUAACUCUUAUCAACACUAAUUAACACUAUAAACUAUUCCUCAUCAGCACUUGUCAUCCCCUCAUUAGACAGAUUUAGAUCGAGGACGCGGACGUCAAAGACGACGUGAAAAUGGCGUGUUGUGCCCAUGUAUGAAUAUGCCACGGCAUUUCCACGUCGUCUUUGACGUCCGCGUCCUCGAUCUAAAUCUAUGUAUAUUAACACUAAGUAACCUUCGUCAACAUCCAUUAGUCAUUCUGGCGAACUAUCGUAUUUUCCCGUCAUUUCUCGUGCAUUUCAAUUUUCCAUAUCCUUUCAGGCUAUAUUGUCCGACCUGUUCCCUGGACGAGAAAUUCCAGAUCACGAUUAUGGGAAAUUACAAUUAACAAUUGAAGAUUGUUUACUUGAACAAAAGUUGCAGGUUCGUUAAAUGAAGAUGCCAAAUAUGAAAUGGUUACAUUUGCACUUCUCUCUUUCGAUCAAAUUUUAUUUAUAGCUAAGUGUUGAGUUUUCUGCAACAUAGGUAUACAGUGAAAUGUUGUAGACGUGUAGAUACUACAUGGAGAAACCACACCGAAGUGGACCAAUCUGAUGCAGUAUUGUUUUCUAGGUUGUACCAGCAAUGGUGAAGAAAACCAUUCAACUGUAUGAAACAAUGUUGGUGCGUCAUGGUGUUAUGUUGGUUGGACCAACUGGUGGUGGAAAAACUACUUGUUAUGAGGUAACAUCGCUGCCAUCUUUUUCAUCGCUAUUUCAAGAACAAUGUACAGUCGCUAUUUCAUGAACAAUGUACAGUCGCUAUUUCAUGAACAAUGUACAGUCGCUAUUUCAUGAACAAUGUACAGUCGCUAUUUCAUGAACAAUGUACAGUCGCUAUUUCAUGAACAAUGUACAGUCGCUAUUUCAUGAACAAUGUACAGUCGCUAUUUCAUGAACAAUGUACAGUCGCUAUUUCAUGAACAAUGUACAGUCGCUAUUUCAUGAACAAUGUACAGUCAUGAACAAUGUACAGUCGCUAUUUCAUGAACAAUGUACAGUCGCUAUUUCAUGAACAAUGUACAGUCGCUAUUUCAUGAACAAUGUACAGUCGCUAUUUCAUGAACAAUGUACAGUCGCUAUUUCAUGAACAAUGUACAGUCGCUAUUUCAUGAACAAUGUACAGUCGCUAUUUCAUGAACAAUGUACAGUCGCUAUUUCAUGUACAAUGUACAGUCCUUCAAAGAAUUCCCGCCUUGUCGGACGAUCUACAAAGCUAUUAAUUGAUUUUCUAUUUUCAUCACUAUAGACUCUGAAGAUGACUCUAACAAGUCUACAUGCACAAGGAAUCGACGAUCCUGAUUAUUUACCAGUGCAUACUUACGUUCUUAACCCUAAGGUAAUGACUGGAAUUAUUUUGAGUACGUUUCAUAUAUAAGGCUUGAAAUAGCUGUCUACCAUUGACCUCUCCUUCCAGCGCUGCACUGUUUUAUGCAAUAGAUAUAUUGCAUAAAACUACACGUAAGAUAUUGAAUUUCUUUUGUGUUUCCUUUAAGUCUAUCAGUAUGGGCGAACUGUAUGGAGAGGUGAAUAAAUUGACUUUAGAGUGGCAAGAUGGGUUGAUGGCUUUAACA